AUGUCUGAGAACGAACGACGGCUAGUAUCGACACUGGCCAGGCCCAACGCUAUCCCGCCGUUGGGCCCGUCUGACACGGAUGCAUCGGCACCAUCUGCCUCUGGGCAUGGCCCUCAAAUGGCCAAACUUGGAAGGCGACGACGUGCCGCCAAGUCGACUAGCACACCUCCCAAGAACCAGCACUUCUACUUUGUUGAUCAGAACUCGUCAUCCAAAGAAAAGCGUGCGCAUGUUAUGCGCCACCAUGUACAGGAAAAAAGGAAACAGCGCAAAAUUUCGCGGUGGACAUCCCCCACAGAGCAAAUCCCAGGUUAUACCACACAUGUGGUGAAGAAUGAGGCAGGAAUUAUCGAAAAGACACGACUGGAGUCGCCCCCUACAUCUGCGCAAGACUCUCACAACGGAGAAAAUUCGCUAAAAAUCAGAUUCUCCAAUUUGAAAUCACAACCUCAUACAUCCGCGCUACCACACAUUGGCUCGCCAGUCACCAUGCUCGACGCUUCGCGAAGGGAUCCGUUUGCUAGUCUCCCAAUUGAGUACGACAGCCUAGAUAUUGAAUUGGCUGAUUAUUGGAGGAAUAAGUUGACGUACUGGUCCGGACAAAACCUUUACGUUAAAAAUCAGAUUUUCCGCACAGCUAUGGGAAGCCCUCUUUCAUUCAAGGCAGUAGUCCUAUCAUACUGCGCGCGGUGGAAAGCACAACUGUACGGCCUGUCCGACAGCACCGAAAUCCAGCGUCAUGUUGGCCAAGCUGCGAAACUUAUCGAUGACGCCAUGUCAGGCUCGGUGCUGGUUAGAGCGGAUGAUCUUGCCAUGGCCUUGGGUGGAAUGGCCUUGCACGAAGGGCGCUUCGGGAGCAAGCAACUGGCCCACGUGUACGUUGACCGGGCGGUCCAGGUCAUGCGACCGAGAACAGGAACCAACAGGCCCGUGGAAGUAUUCAUCCACUACGUCCGAUACCUUAUGAUGCCAGAAGGCCCCGAGAUCAGUUUGACUGAGCAGCAAUGGCUGCUCACUUUUCUACACGGAGCCGAAGAUCUCAUGCGGCAACACAGCUCCCCCGAAUACCUCCUCCAUGCACCUCACAGACUCAAGGCUUUUGAGAUGGAAUGUCCUUUAUUUUCCCUGCUGUCUAGUGGACCACGGCCCUCCCAGGUGCCGUAUGAGUCACGUAUCUAUGUGGUCCGUGAUGCACAUACUCAAGAGGUCACCCGAACGGCGGCGCUCAUUUAUAUUACGGCUGCACUGUGGGAUUUCCAAGAGUCCCCAAAUAAGACCGAUCGGUUCCUUCACUUUUUAUGUACCGUGGCCACACAGCAUCACCUCGAUCGGGAUCCAGCUUGCGAAACCCUUCUGUGGUUACUGCUGGAGGAAGGACACGACUCCGAUUUACAAGAUCCCGAGCGUGGAUGGUCCACUGGCGAGCUGCUCAAGGCACACAAACGGCUACGGCCGGACCUCCAGUUCCAGUUUAAUGAGAUUCUCAUGAGUUUCUUAACUUUUCAGACACCUCUCCGUGGGGUCACUGCGUUUGAAGAGGAGCUUCGAUAUAGUGCACCCCGUUCUCAAUGA